CUUGGCACAACCCCUGUCAGUGACGUUGGGUUGCGUGGAAGCUUUGUCUCACCACCAACCACCACAACUUUAUCAAACAUCUCGAACAUCUGACAACAAGACUUUCGUUCCUCGUUCUUACAAUUUACGAUUCAUCGACCAGAUCAAUUCGAAACACAUAUCUCAAGUAUUCAAUCCAAGAUGUCUCCCUCCAACGAGAACCAAUCCACUACCCCUCAAGCCAACCUCCAAACAACUCCGCCCACCACUCCUCAAUCAAUGACUCUCAACCCUUCCCAAUCCACCACUCCCGCACAAGCAAAGGAGUCUCAAGACCAAGAGAUGCGCAUCCGCGGUGGCGACCGUGGAGGCAUGUGUCCAGGACGAUUCUGCUUUAUCAUCCCAUGUCCUCUGCCUUGCGAUUGCUGCAUCAUCUAAGAUUGUGAGAGAAAAGGGGCAUGUGGGGGAGAUACCAAGGGGCUGCGGAGUAACGAAAUGAGGAUCUGAUGAUUGUUCAUUGUUUUCGGCGU